UUCAGCCUCGCGCGUUAGAGUUUAGACGGUCUCAUCUUCUUUGUUAACUUCCGAGCCCUCCUCAAAAUCUUACAUCAGAGUUCUCUCUCUCUCUCUCUCUCUCUCUCUGGUUGUUUUGUUCCUUCUAGAUCUCGGACAUUGAUCGGAUUCAGUGAUGGCCCAGCAGCUAGUAAAGAAGGACGAUGAUCGUGACGACGAAGCGGAUUACUCUCCGUUUCUCGGGAUCGAGAAGGGUGCUGUUCUACAGGAAGCUAGGGUUUUCAAUGACCCGCAGCUAGAUCCUAGGAGAUGCUCCCAGGUUAUUACAAAGCUUCUGUACCUACUUAAUCAAGGGGAGGCAUUCACAAAGAUUGAAGCCACAGAAGUUUUCUUUGCAGUGACGAAACUUUUCCAGUCAAGAGAUACAGGGUUAAGGAGAAUGGUGUAUUUGAUCAUAAAGGAGCUUUCUCCUUCUGCGGAUGAGGUUAUUAUUGUGACAAGCUCCCUCAUGAAGGACAUGACUAGCACGACUGACAUGUAUCGGGCGAAUGCUAUUCGUGUGCUUUGCCGGAUAACAGAAGGAACCCUUCUCACCCAAAUUGAACGUUACCUGAAACAAGCAAUAGUUGACAAGAAUCCAGUUGUUGCAAGUGCAGCCUUAGUUAGUGGGAUUCAUUUGUUCCAGACAACGCCAGAGAUUGUGAAGAGGUGGAGCAAUGAGGUUCAGGAAGCGGUUCAGUCGAGGGUGGCCCUUGUACAAUUUCAUGCUCUGGCUUUGCUUCAUCAGAUAAGACAAAAUGAUCGGCUAGCUGUAAGCAAGUUGGUUAGCAGCUUGACAAAGUCCACCGUCCGUUCUCCUUUGGCCCAAUGCCUUUUGAUUCGCUAUACUAGUCAGGUUAUCCGUGAGUCGGCCAUAAACACACAAACAGGAGACCGUCCUUUUUAUGAUUUUCUUGAGGGUUGUUUACGCCUGAAGGCAGAAAUGGUGAUCUUUGAGGCUGCCAGAGCAAUCACGGAACUCAGUGGUGUCACUACUAGAGAACUGACUCCAGCAAUUACUGUUCUUCAGCUCUUUUUAAGCUCUUCCAAACCAGUGUUGAGAUUUGCUGCUGUCCGUACUUUGAACAAGGUUGCAAUGACACAUCCAAUGGCCGUCACUAACUGCAACAUUGAUAUGGAGAGUUUAAUUUCUGACCAGAACAGAAGCAUUUCCACACUUGCGAUCACCACACUUUUGAAGACAGGAAAUGAAUCAAGUGUGGAUCGCCUGAUGAAGCAGAUAACAAAUUUCAUGUCAGAUAUUGCUGAUGAGUUCAAAAUUGUUGUAGUGGAAGCCAUAAGAUCUUUGUGUCUGAAGUUUCCAUUGAAGUACAGAUCUCUGAUGAACUUCCUAAGCAAUAUUCUCAGAGAAGAAGGUGGAUUUGAGUACAAAAAGGCAAUCAUAGAUUCAAUCGUGAUCCUCAUAAGGGAUAUCCCUGAAGCAAAAGAGAGUGGAUUACUUCAUCUCUGUGAAUUCAUUGAAGAUUGUGAAUUUACCUAUCUUUCCACGCAGAUUCUCCACUUCCUGGGAAAUGAAGGGCCAAAAACCUCAGAUCCUAACAAAUAUAUACGGUACAUUUACAACCGAGUACAUCUUGAAAAUGCAACUGUUCGGGCCAGUGCUGUGAGCACCUUGGCAAAGUUUGGUGCUCUGGUUGAUUCAUUGAAGCCCCGCAUUUUUGUUCUGUUGAGACGAUGCCUCUUUGACAGUGAUGAUGAGGUCCGUGAUAGGGCAACACUCUAUCUGAAUACACUCGGUGGUGAUGGUUCAGUUGUUGAAACUGAUAAAGAUGUGAAGGACUUCCUCUUUGGAUCACUGGACCUCCCACUUGUUAAUUUGGAGACAAGUUUGAAAAAUUAUGAGCCUUCAGAAGAACCUUUUGACAUUAAUUCUGUGCCCAGGGAGAUUAAGACCCAGCCACUUGCUGAGAAGAAAGGCCCAAGCAAAAAGCCAACUGGGCUGGCUGCUCCACCAACUGCCCCUGCAUCCACCAUUGAUGCUUAUGAAAAGCUGCUUUCCUCUAUUCCAGAGUUUGCAGACUUUGGGAAGCUUUUCAAGUCUUCAGCACCUGUGGAGCUUACAGAAGCUGAAACAGAAUACUCGGUCAAUGUUGUUAAGCAUAUUUUUGAUGGGCAUGUGGUGUUUCAAUACAACUGCACCAAUACGAUUCCUGAGCAAUUACUAGAACAUGUCACUGUUGUCGUGGAUGCUUCAGAAGCGGAGGAAUUCUCUCAAGUUGUAUCCAAGCCUCUCAAAUCUCUCCCUUAUGAUACACCUGGACUGAUCGUUGUGGCAUUUGAGAAGCCAGAAGGAGUCCCUGCUGUGGGAAAAUUUACAAACAUGUUACGUUUCACUGUUAAAGAGGUCGAUCCAACCACCGGUGAGGCAGAGGAUGAUGGCGUUGAAGAUGAAUACCAGCUAGAGGACCUGGAGGUUGUGGCAGCUGAUUACAUGUUGAAAGUGGGGGUCUCUAAUUUCAGAAAUGCAUGGGAAAACAUGGGCGAAGAUUGUGAGAGGGUAGAUGAAUAUGGCCUUGGCCCAAGGGAGAGCUUGGCUGCAGCUGUAAGUGCUGUGAUCAACCUUCUUGGCCUGCAGCCUUGCGAGGGCACAGAGGUUGUCCCAAGCAAUUCAAGAUCACACACUUGUCUGUUAUCCGGAGUAUAUAUAGGCAAUGUAAGGGUUCUUGUGCGCAUAUCUUUUGGAAUUGAUGGUCCAAAGGAAGUAGCAAUGAAACUGGCUGUCAGAUCUGAGGAUGAGACUGUCAGUGAUGCUAUUCACGAGAUUGUGGCAAGCGGCUAGAAUAAUAGUAUUUGAAAAUAAUGCUUCACUUGACACUUGCAGAGUUUCUUUCUUAAGAAAUGAGAACCGAGGUGGAGGAUUACUUCAAACACAUAUAUACUUGUAGAGAAGAGCUGCGAAAACCCUUUGGUUUUGGAUUUAAGCUUGCACCAUUUGAGCACUUACCGGUUCAUCUGUAUCAAGUCAGACACGUCGGAUUAUCCUCAUGUACAUGAGAUGAAUUUUGAGGCACCGUCUUUCAUUAAUCUUGGCAUUUUAAACAAUGUAUGUAGUACUCGAUCCGAAUGGUGCGAAAUUAAUUUGUCAUA